AUGUCUUUCCAGAACUUCGAUUCCUUCCCUAACCAGGCCGACGCUGGCGCUGCUGCCCCCGGUGCCCCGGCCCCUGCCGACACCACCAUGACCGGCCAGGGUGAGGCUGGUGCUCCCUUCCAGGGCGCCGCUCCUGGUGAGCCCGCGGCUGCUGUUCCCCAGCAAGGCGCUGAUGGCAAGACUACCCUCUGGAUGGGUGAGCUUGAGCCUUGGAUUGAUGAGAACUUCAUCCGCAACCUGUGGUUCCAGAUGGGUGAGCAGGUCAACGUCAAGAUGAUCCGUGACAAAUUCUCUGGGAGCAAUGCUGGAUACUGCUUUGUCGACUUCGCCUCCCCGGCCGCUGCCGCUAAGGCUCUUUCCCUGAACGGCACCCCCAUGCCCAACACCAACCGUGUCUUCAAGCUGAACUGGGCUACCGGCGGCGGCCUUGCGGACCGCAGCCGUGAUGACCGUGGCCCCGAGUACUCCAUCUUCGUUGGUGACCUCGGCCCGGAGGUUAACGAAUACGUCCUUGUCUCGCUUUUCCAGAGCCGUUUCCCCUCGUGCAAGUCUGCCAAGAUCAUGACCGACCCCAUCAGCGGCAUGUCCCGUGGCUACGGUUUCGUCCGCUUCUCGGAUGAGAACGACCAGCAGCGUGCACUCACCGAGAUGCAGGGAGUCUACUGCGGUAACCGUCCCAUGCGCAUUUCCACUGCCACCCCCAAGAACAAGGGCCCCGGUGUCGGCGCUGCCAACAUGGGCAUGCCCGGCCCUGCCGGCAUGUAUCCCCCGAUGGGUGGUCCCCCUAUGGGCUUCUACGGUGCUCCCCAGCCCAUGAACCAGUUCACUGACCCCAACAACACAACCGUCUUCGUCGGCGGUCUGUCGGGCUACGUGACUGAGGAUGAGCUCCGCUCUUUCUUCCAGGGCUUCGGCGAGAUCACCUACGUCAAGAUCCCCCUGGCAAGGGCUGCGUUCGUCCAGCGCCACGCUGCCGAGAUGGCCAUCAACCAGAUGCAGGGCUACCCUAUCGGUAACUCCCGUGUCCGCCUGAGCUGGGGCCGUUCCCAGAACAACUCUGGCCCGGCUGGUAGCCCCUACCGUCCGGCUCCCCCGCCUCCCCCCAUGUACCCCUCCAUGGGCAUGCCCCCGGCCCACCAGUAUGGCGGGUUUGCCCCGAUGAAGGUUAGCAGUCACCCUGGCAGCCCGGCCCCCGAACACUCGUGA